UGUCCGGGAAACCCAGCUGUCAGUGCACGUUCCGGCGUCGAAGCAUCUACAGCAGCUACUAUUGGGGAGAUUUCACACACCGCCAACAGUGAAAUUCGAUAUAUUCACGUUUAUCUCAUAUUAUUUACCAUAAUAUUAUAGGUCGUACUACACGCCGUGCAUUAAUUUUCGCAAUAAAUCGAUACGACCGGGUCCAGUGACAGUUCGUUUGGAAAACUAUAGUAUUAUGAGUCGGUUACAAACGGUGUCGGUGUGCGUGAUGGUCAUUUUGGCGUUGGGCGGCCGAUCCAAAGCUUUCUGCGGGUUACGAUCCGGCGACAGCGACGAAGGAGGCAGCGUAGACGACUUCAUCACGUGUCUCAAAGCCAAGGCAAUCGUCACACUGGACCGCAUGUCUCGAGACGAUUCGUUACCCCUAACCGGAUCAGUUACCCUGGUCCACGGCGACUCAACUCACCGCAGACAACGGUCGGACCAGGGCCCAGUGGUUUCAGAACGUGAACUCCAGUCGAAACCAGACGACGCACUCAACCGCAUGCUUUACGACAAGGCGAUCGGACUUCUCAGUGGUCGAGUCGUCAAGGUCGGUUUGCCCGAAGUCACACCAGACCAGUUGAGGACAGCUCUGGAAGAAGGUCGUGGAAAAAUGAAGAAAACCAUGGGAAUGAUGAUGACGAUGGGUGCCAUGAAGGCGAUGAUGAUCAUACCGCUGGCGCUCGGCAUACUGUUUCUGAUGGCCGGAAAGGCGUUGAUAAUCAGCAAAAUAGCGCUGGUCCUGUCGCUGAUCAUCACGCUCAAGAAGCUCUUGUCCAAGUCAGGUGGAGGCGGCGGCGGUGAACACAUGAUCCACGAGUCCCACUCGUCUUCCGGUUCCGGCUGGCCAUCGGGCGGAAGUUAGGGCGGCCAUGGAGGUUGGGACAAGAGGUCUUCGUCGUCGUCUUUGUCGUCGGAGGCUGCUGCUGCUGCAAGUCAGAUGUUGGCCUACAGAUCUUACAACACGCCAUAAUUUAUUAUAUAAAAUUUGAAUUACAAAAGUUCAAAUCAACGUGUCAUUCGACACCGUGUGCACGUCAUGCACUGUACAUAUGACACGAUUAUUUAUUAUAUUAAUUAGUAGUAUUUAUUAUUAUUUAUCAUCAUCAUCAUUAUUGUUGUUCGUUUAUAAAACGCUUAUUUCAUCCAUCUUUAUAGUAUGCAAUAAACAUCCGAGACCUAACAUCACAGUACCACGGUACCUACGCAAAAUAUUAUUUAUAAUAUUUCAAUGAAUUGCUGUUUUUGUACUAAUAUUAUAGGACAAUACAAUGUUUUAAUAGUUUA